AAACAGGAAGUGGAAUCAAAACAAAGGAACGGCGGCCGGCAGCUGAGCUUCCUCCUUCUCGCUCUCUGCCCCACUCAUCUCGACCCCGGCCGCGGACCCCGAGGAGCCGCAAACCAUGUCCAACCUGGAGAAACACCUGUUCAACCUGAAGUUCGCGGCCAAAGAACUGAGCAGGAGUGCCAAGAAAUGCGAUAAGGAGGAAAAGGCCGAAAAGACCAAGAUUAAAAAGGCCAUUCAGAAGGGCAACAUGGAAGUUGCGAGGAUACAUGCCGAAAACGCCAUCCGCCAGAAGAACCAGGCGGUGAAUUUCUUGAGAAUGAGUGCGCGGGUCGAUGCCGUGGCUGCCAGAGUCCAGACAGCGGUGACGAUGGGCAAGGUAACCAAAUCCAUGGCCGGUGUGGUUAAGUCGAUGGACGCGACAUUGAGAACCAUGAACCUGGAGAAGAUCUCUGCCUUGAUGGACAAAUUUGAGCACCAAUUUGAGACGCUGGACGUCCAGACGCAGCAGAUGGAAGACACGAUGAGCAGCACGACGACGCUGACCACUCCCCAGAACCAAGUGGAUAUGCUGCUCCAGGAGAUGGCCGAUGAGGCCGGCCUCGACCUCAACAUGGAGCUGCCGCAGGGCCAGACGGGUUCCGUGGGCACGAGCGUAGCCUCGGCCGAGCAGGACGAACUGUCCCAGAGACUGGCCCGCCUGCGGGAUCAAGUGUGAUUGCAGAAUCCGCCCUGCGGGUUACGGGCCUUAGCCGUCUUCUGGAAUGCUCUCUGUGUAUUAGAGAGAUACUACUCACCGGAAACUCUGAGUAUGCCAGAAUGCUGAAAUGUUCUCUAAGAUGCGUCUGCCUUUCGGCUUACAGCGCUGUCCAGAAUGACAGGCUUUCUUCUCUCUCUUCUGAAUUUUAUAGUUCGUAUAACUUGCGAUGAUGUGUAUUUUUAUAGCUGCCUUUUGACGCAACUGGUUAAUUUAGGGUAAAUGAAUCUUUCUUAAAAAUUUGGCCAACACUCUAGUUUCCGUGUGCUCAGUUUUGUGUCCAAAAUUAUCAAAUUGAAGGUUUUUUUUUUUUUAUUUGUUUUGUGUAGUAAUACCUACAAUUGACACGUGAUGCAUAGAAAUUAAAGAGUGGAGAAUGAUUACUUAUUUUGAUUACAUGGCUAUAAACACCUGAUUCAGCAUACCUAAUGAUAGUGCUAUUUCUGUGUCUCUCAUUUUGGUUUUCUUGCCACCAGAGUGAGACUACAGUUGACUAGUGAUCUGUUUUCAUAAUUUAUACUAAAAUUAUCUUAGCACAUUUUCGCAUAAUCUCUUAACUGUUCUGUAAAUUUUUUUCAUGUGAUAAUUCUUUGUGUAACUGGAAAAAAUGCCACAUUUAUGGCAUUUUUGCUCAUUUUUCUGUUUACUAAAAGACAGCUUAACAUUUGUCAUUUCUUUGAAAUGAGUUUCUACACAGUUUGAGUCAUUUUCCUAUUUCAAUCUAAACUCUUAAUUAGACUUCUUAUAAAGUAUAUUAAUUAGCACAUCAGUCACGAUACUCUACCAUUGCCAAAGAACUGUUGAUUGGUUUGGGAAACCCUGGGACUGUGUUUGUAGGUUUUGUUUGUCUCUAACAGCCAAAAACAGAAAAUUAGAACUGCAUUUUAAGUUCUAAUUUUUUGCAUUAAUUAUUUUGUCUUUUAACAACAGCUCUUAAAGAAUGUUAGAAAUAUAGGAUGAAAUGCUUAGCCAUGCAAAUUACAUAAAUGUACAUUCAGCCAGCUGGCAGCCUGGGAAGAAGGAAGGAGGUAGGACUGGGCAGCAAGCUUGCCUCUGAGGCCAGAGCCCAGCUGUACUACCUUUCCCCCUCCUACGGAUGGCAGUGGUUUCUCUGGCUGAAAAGGAUGGCACGCUGCCAGCGCUUUCUCACAGCCUCAAAAGAUGGACAAUAGCAACUUGCUUUGCCUUGGCUCCUGUGUUAAUCUAAGUUAAAUACUUAAAGGUGUUUUUAAUUCCUUCUAUUCCCUCGCUGGAAGAUGUCUCCAUGAGAGAAUUCCAGUGUUUCAGAAAAACAAUUACAGGGACUCUUCCAAGUCCUUGGAAAGAUUCUUAGCCAACUAUUUACCUUUAUACUGUUUUCCAGUGAGAAUGACUGCUUAAAAAAAGAGAUAAUUAACAGGUGUCUGCAGAUUAGGUCAUAGCCUUGUAUUUAAGUUACUUUGUUUGACUGACGUUCAGAAGUCUUCACAAGGGACACCUGUUGAUUGUCUGCCCUGCAUCUGUUUUCUAGAAUCUACCCUCUCCGUGCCUCCUCUUGUCCACAUGGCUGCCCCAGAACCAGCCAUGUGUGAGUACAGCAUGGUCUUAGCCCCUCUGUAGACUGGAAAAAAAUAAUUACAGCUGAAAAAUAACUUAGUGUUGAAUCCUUUGGCAAAUUAAAGAUCCUUUUUUAGUGCAAAUAUUCCCAACAAAAUUAAUAUAUUUUGUGAGAUUAAACAAUGUUUGUAUGUGCUAAAACUUUCUUAAGAUCUGUUCAUUUCAAACCAUCUGUACGUUUUUAUGAACCAUAAAUAUUUUCAAAAGCACACCAGACCCAUGAAUUAUUUCCUCUUUUGCAGUUGAUGAAAUGCUGAAAUAUACCAAAUAAAUAACUACAGUGCCCUGUUAUGGCAUAUGAGUGUGCAUCCUUUGUAAAGAGCUGUUUAAGAAAGAAGAAUUCAGAGGUAGAUUAGGUUCAGAAAGCAUGGUAUUUUUCCAGACUCACCGUCAACCUUACCAGUCAAGUUUUUGUUUGGUUAGCAUGGUAUUUUUAUGGUUAUUUCUAGAAAUCCUGGCUAUUUCUUUCUUACUGUAAUUGUUCCUUCAUGUCAACAAGAUUCUUCUUCAUUUUGAAACUUCUUUAGGCCAAAGAUAGAUAUAAUUUACAAAAGGAUCCAAGUGAAACAUACCGGGGAAAUAUUUAAUCUUCCCUGCAGUUAUAGUACUACUUCUACUGUUAUUUCAUCCUCUCUUUUUUUUUUCCCUGCCUUCAAAAUGCACGAUUUCUAACAUGUAUUUAGAAUUACUGAAAAAAGAAUAGAGUGUAUUGAUAAAGUAAACCAACUUUCCUCUCCCCACUUCUGGUUUAUUUCAGUUCAGGAACCCAGGUGAUACAUGAUGCACUGUUUAAGAACUUUCUUAGUAAAACUGUUUCUUUGGUUGUGUCAUAACCUUUUUCUGAAGGAGUGUUAAUGCAGGCACAUAUCUGUGCAGUACAGGUGUGCCACGAGGCAUAGGCCCUGCUAUGCGCUGCCCUGUCAUCUCUGAUUUGGAAAAGAGCCCCUAAAAUAAGCACUUGCUGACUUGAACGUAGUGUCAGGGUCAGCCAGCCAAUCUCACACUCUAAGCUGGAGUGAGGAACCUUGUAUUCUCAAGAUUCCCCCUCUGCAAUACCCAUGACACCCGCUUGGAGGCACUGUUGUAGCCAAAAUCCAGAGCUCAGAACCUUUGGUGCAGUUGGCAAAAAGCUGGCAGCCAGCGGACGUUAAACAAACUGAUGAGCAAACCCCUGUAAUGCCUGUUCUUAAUCAACUGACUGGAAUUUGCAAAAUGCCCGCCUGGUGUACCAUUAGUUUUUCGACAGCUAGAUUGUAAAUUCCAUCCAGGUCAGGACCAGACUGUCUCGGUCACAGUUAUAUCCCUCAGGCCUGAUGUGGUGGCCGGCACAGCGUAGGCUCGUGGUAGGCUCCUACGGAGUGAAGGCAUGCCUAGAGCGCCCUAGUGCAGCACACGCAGGAGGUCAUGUGGUGGGGACAGAGCCCCAGGUGCCCCCAGAAGCACAGCAUCCUCUUCUUAGCAUGUAUCUAAACUGAAAUGUUUCCCUUUGCUCUUCAGGGUUUGUACAUGCGCUCUCCCUCCUAAACAGUGUCGGGGCCA